AUGGCAAGUCUUCAGUUCCAUGGUGGCAUUUCUGAGGACUUCAGCUAUGAUACUGAACUGGAUGAGCCGCGUGAGCCACAUCUUUUUCGGUUUCACAUGAUAUUACAACUGAUGUUUGGAAUGAAACCAUCACCAAAAAUGCCAAAAUUUAUGCCCACUUGGGCACAGUCCGUGUUUAGUGUUGUGGCGAAAACCUACUGUGUUCUAGUAAUCUUUAGCUCACUUCAUUUGGGUGUUCUGUUUACUAAGACAACGUUGGAUGCUCUGCCCACCGGUGAACUGCAACGCAUUACAGAUGCACUCACAAUGACAAUUAUUUACUACUUCACAGCCUAUUCGACCACUUAUUGGUGCGUAAGAUCGCGGCGGCUGCAUGAGUAUUUACAACAAAUCAAUCAGGAGUAUCGUCAUCAUUCCCUGGCUGGGGUAAGCUUCGUCAAUAGUUAUGCCGCCUACAAUAUCUCGAGAAAUUUCACUGUGAUCUGGAUCGGUGCCUGUCUGGGUGGUGUGAUAUUCUGGGGAAUUACACCCUUGGUGCUUGGCUCACAUAUUCUUCCGUUAUCAUGUUGGUAUCCAUUCGAUGCUCUGGCUCCGAAAACAUAUCCUUGGAUUUAUGCCACACAGCUUUAUGGUCAGGUUUUAGUGGGAGUUGUAUUUGGAAUAGGCGGAUCUCUAUUUGUGACUUUAUCCUUGCUGCUGUUGGCCCAAUUUGAUGUCCUUUACUGUAGUCUCAAGAAUCUAGAUGCGCAUGCAAUGCUACUUUCAGGCCAGAAUGCAAAAUUCCUAGGUGCUUUGCAGAAAAAAUUGCUACUGGAUCCAAGUAAUUGCGAGCUAAAUCAAUAUGCCUUAUUAAAGGAGCAUCCGACAGAUUUGUUUCCGCUGACUCUUGCCAAGCAGAGAUCAAGACCGGAUUCCGCCCUUCGUCACGGUUUUAUUCAGUGCAUAUUGCUACAUCGCUUUAUCUUACGAUGCGCUGCCGAGUUGGAGAAUCUCUUUAGCCCAUAUUGCCUGGUGAAAUCCCUGCAGAUCACUUUACAAUUAUGUUUGCUGGUUUUCGUCGGUGUCUCCGGACAGCAUGAUUUACUUGGUAUUAUCAAUCAAAUUCAAUACUUUUCUUUGACUCUGUUCGAGCUUUUGAUGUUCACCUAUUGCGGGGAGUUACUCCGUCGUCAUAGCGUUCGGGCGGGAGAGGCUUAUUGGAGAGGUGACUGGUGGAAGGAUGCUCAUCAUAUACGACAGGAUGUACUUAUCUUUCUCAUAAAUAGUCGGCGGGCUGUACAAGUUACAGCUGGAAAGUUUUAUGUAAUGGAUGUCAAUCGAUUGAGAUCCGUUAUAACUCAAGCAUUUAGCUUUCUAACUCUGCUCCAAAAAUUGGCCGCAAAGAAGACCGAGACGGAAAAUUAGUCCUGCUCCUACCGUUACCGUUACC